AUGCUCUCACAAAAGUCCAGUUUAUUCAACAUUUUUGAUGACUUGUAUAAAUUCGAUGAACUUUUGAACAUCGAAGAAGAUUUGGAUGUGACUUUUCCAAUCACCAAAGAAAUGCUUUGGACAGUAUUUUGUGUGUUGUAUACAUUGAUUGAAUUUAUUUACUUAAUAAUGUAUAUUUAUGAUGAGACGACUAGAGAAAUUUUCACGACUCUCAUAUCUUAUGUCACUCUGUUGACGCACGAUCUCGAGCAUGUGCUGAUUUGCUCUUUACUUCGUGCUAUUUUUAUGAGGGUCAGAAUAUUGAGGGCUCACGUAGAGAAAGCACUAGGGGAUGGCAAGCAAACCAAUACAAACUUGGACAGAGUGGAAGCGUUGUCAAAGAAGGCACAACUUGAUCUCAACUCAUUACUUAAAGCCUAUGAGUUAUUGCAUAAAUCCGCUGAACAGCUGAACUCAGUCAUGAGUUUACCGAUGAUGAUAAUGCUUUUGUCCUCUGGAUUGUCUAGUAUUAUGUUGCUAAAGGGUCUAUUUAGAGUUUUGCAAACCGCUGUAGUACAACAGGAGGCGGAGAAAGUGAUAGUGUUGUAUAGUGUGACCCGUUGUAUAAAAUACACUUUUCUAGUAAUAAUACCUUGCUACUAUUCAAGCACAACCAACACACAAGUCUCACAAAUACGUAUCUUGCUCCACGAUGCCAUGAACUCUGACAAUAUUGGCAAAUUGGAGCGGAGGCGAAUUAAGGCAUUCUUCCAGUUGACACGAGAGAGCGAAUUCGCUUACGCGCUUUUUGGGGUUAUAAGGCUUAAUAUGUCACUGCCAUUAAGCUAUCUAAGCCUUUGUACGACGUAUCUCGUGAUAAUUAUACAGUUCUCCAAGUUUAUAGACUAA